UGCGCGACUUUGAGCAUACAACUCUAACACUCCUCCACCCCCUGUCCAUGAUCUACGACGGAAGCACUCGCGUCUCAGAACUGGCCGAACGAACUUUUGAUCAUUCACUUGAGCCUCGGCGCAACAUUUUUUAUCUGGCGAUUAAGCUGUCGACAAUCUGCGCUCUCGUUUUGCGGCGCGUCCCUGGCCCUAUCGCGCGAUAGGCGGAGCGGGGUGUAGGAAUCGACGUGUCAACAGUCAGCGUCUAACAAUCGACCUCAGGAACCACCCGUGGGACCAUCAAUUGGCCGUCAUUGAAAAGCAUUGCCUUUGCCUCGGAACCCAUUGUCUGCCCUGUGCUGCUUCACACCAUGGCUUCGCUGCUCCCGACCUUUCCGCGACUUGUCUUCUCCGUCAUUGAGCCAAUUUCGCUCGUCGCAGGUUUCUUAGGAGUCGUGAUCGAUCCAGCAUGGUUCAUCGCCGAGCAAAUCCCCAAUGCGGGAGUGGUGCCGGUCAACGAUAACAGCAUCCUCGUCGCGUGGCAGCUUGGGAACCUGUACCUCCUCAUGGCUUUCAUGGGCAUUGGAAUCUUAUACACAACAUCCGAAGCCAAGGUGGUCAGGGGCUAUCUGACUGCCUUGUGGUUGGGCGACGUUGGCCAUGUCGCUUUCACUGCGUAUGGUUUGGGACUGGAAACGCUCAUGAGGCCUCAGGAGUGGAAUGCCAUGACACGCGGCAACAUCACAUUCACGGUAUUCUUGUUUGCUGUGCGUUCAGCUUACUUUCUCGGAAUGUUUGGCCCGGAUCGCCCUGCCCCUGUGACGAAGAAGGCGCAUUGAAGUCCAAAGCGAUACAGAAUGUUAAGUUCGGCCAAUCCCGCAAUGAUACACGCCUUUCCUAGAAAUUGUAGAAUAAAUUAUUCAUAAAUUCAUAUAGUUAUGUGUUACAUACCUAUGUUACAUAUGAUAACUUGAUG